ACGGGAGUUGAUCUUGGGGUGGUGAGUUUGAGCCCCACGUCGGGCAUAGAGGCUACUUAAAAAUAAAAUCCUUAAAAAGUUAUACAUAAAUAUCCUGUGAAGCAGCAAUUCCACUCCUGAGAACCUACUGGAAGGACGAGACACACGUCCACACCAAGACUUGUAUCUAAGCGUUCACGCCAAUGCUGUAGCAGCCCCCAAAACAGAAACAAAGCAAACGCCCAUCAGCUGGCGAGUGGACCCACACGUGGUGCAGAUCCCUAGGGCGACAGCCGUUCAGCCAACAAGGCACGAAGGACUCACACGCUGCUGUGUGGGGGACGCACAAGACCACAGAGCGCACACAGGGUCCUGUAGCGGCGGGGGGGGGGGGGGGGGGAACGCCGUCCAAACCGCAGGGCUGUGCGCUUUCUACGCAUCACAAGGCUGUUGGCGCGGAAGAGAGCCGUCGGUGAAGGCGUCGCGCCAGCUAACGCUCACUGUGCCACCCCACAAGCGACAGGCGCGUCCGGCCCGGACUGAUGGGAGACGGAACCCAAGGGAAAAAAAGGGAUCAAAUAAUAUCAAGAAGCAACAACCACCUAGGAGAAAACCUACACACGACCCGAGAUCCCAGGAGCACCGAGAGCACCGCGUGCGGGGGCGGGAAGACCGCAUGGUGAGAACACCCGUCCGCCACGAACCUGAGCACGACCCUCACCCCGACAGGCUCCGGUUUCGGCUCACACACCCGGCAAGCUGCUCCGGCGACAUGUGAGGAACCAAAAGGGGCCACGUGCAGGUGGCUGGACUGCUCCGGCGGGGAUCUGCUCCACAAGCCACGGACACUUCCCCACACCCUCUGGCCUCGGGGGCAGCCCCCCACGGCCGGGGGCCCCGACAUCGUGUCCACACGCACAUCCACGGUGCAGUCUGGUCCCUGUGGCACGCGGGAUGUGACCACACGAGGGUCUGCACGGUCAGGACUCUGGGUUUGCUGUCCCUCAGGCUGGCACCCGAGGAACCCAGCUCAGUGACCCUGCAGGGUCUAGGGACAGCAGGCAGGAUGCCACGGCCCACACGUGCCCGAUGGGGGACUUGUAUCCGGAGAAGAAGUUUUUAAACACACACAUCAGACUAUCCGACAAUCGAACAAAAUCACAAAAUGGGACAUUCCCCAGGCGACGAGCCCGAGGUGCUGGUGCGUCACCAACAUUUGAGAAACAAAUGACAGCCGACGUUCACUCCCCUUUGGGGCCGGGGACGGCCGGGGCGGGGGUGCGGUGUGCGACUCGACCGCCCAGAGCAAUCCAAGUGUCGCGCCCCGAGGUCUGAGCUGGACGCCAGGACCGCUCAGCCUCCACGACAGCAGCGGCCAAAGCCAGUGCGCUAACCCCGUACACAGAAGCUUGGAAGCGAAGGACGCCGCGCGCCUCGGGCAGACCCUCGGGCGGUCAACCGUGCAUGGCAGGAGCAUCAAGGGACCCGGCAGCCAGGACAGGCCGCUCUGGGAGGCCUGGGGCGCCGGGGACAGGCUGGCGUUGCGGCAACCCCCAGCCCCCCGAGUUCUCCAGCGCCCCACCCGGGAUCUAUAGACAGCACGGUCCCCUCCCCAUGCUCACCCUCCCUUACCGACGAGGGUCCUCGGCCACGAACGUGCUGAGUCCGCACUUUGCGCUGUGUCAGUGCGUGUUUACCGUGUAAAUUUCUGGGCGUGGACUUUCUCCCGGCAGAUCUAUAAUUUCUCAGAACGACCUGGAAAUCAAUCAAAGCUCAAUAAAGGAAGAGAUAAAGCUGCCCUCACCCCCAGGCAUGAGCAGCUCAGGCAGGGCAGGGGCGAGGCAGGGUGGGGGGCUGGGGAGGGGCGCCGCAGCUGCCCACUGUCCCCUCCACGGGGCUUUGAAGCAACCGCCUCCCUCCGCGUCGCCUCGCGGUGGGGGCGUCACGUUGGAGUCUGAACGUCCGCAAGCCCUGCCUCCAGCCCCGCCUGCGCAGCCAGAGGAGGGCCCCGUGGGCAGAGGCCGGGAGGCGGGGCUGGAGGGCCGACUGCACCCCGCCAGCCCCGGGGAAGAGGGGUUCUGGGCAGCCAGAGCAGAGGCCGGUGGAUGAAGGCGCAGCAGGGCUCCCCUCGCUCGAGCAACCAGCACCUUGCCGCCCCCCCCUACUUCCUGGCCUGACCCGGGGCUGCCCGCAGGCCAGGCGCUGGGCCGCCAUCCUGUGCGGAGCGGGGUGGCCGUGCCCCCCCCCCCGCCCCCGCCCCCGCCCCAACAGCUCUGGGGACAUCAGGAGUCCCAAAGCAGGUGGAGGCUGGUCUUGCGGCGCAAGACCUGGCCCCCAAGGCUGGGCCUCCCUCCGCUCUUCCCGGGAGGGCAGUGCUAGGAAAGCAAACACGAGGUGGCCGGGAGCCCGGCUGCUGUUCCUAGAAGAGGCUGGGGGAGGAGGAGCGGCCAGACACCAGCUGACCCUGAGGUCGCAGAAGCCCCGGGGAGUCCUAAUGAGGACCCCACCCAGGCUGUUAGGAAACGGGCAGGGGGAGGGAAGGUGUGGCCAGCAUGCCAGACCCAGCUCCUACUUAACUCCCACGUGGCCAUCUGCUGAGCGGGGAGGGCCCCCACAGCGGCCCGAGGGGCCCCCACCUGGGCUCCGGGGGCUGGCCAAGCAGCGGGGCCUCCUCUCCCGGCUUCCCCAGAGCCGUCCCAACCACAGGCUGCUGCAGGGGAGACCCCUGCCCCCGCACGCCUGCUGCCCCAGCUCUGCUCCGCUCAGCCCUGCAGGGCGAAGGUGGGGGGACACGCCCGUCCCCCAGAGCUGCACCACCGCCCACCUCGAUCCCCAAAGGUGGCUUCGGGGUGAACGCGGCACCCCCCGACUCUCCCCUGUGCUACCUGCACUCUGGGCACUCGGGGCCGAUGCUGGCAGCCGGGCACGAGGGGGUUAAUGGAACCCGGGUCAGCAGGGCUGGGCUGGCCUGCGGCAGGGUGCUGGCUGCCCCAGCAGUGGGGAAGUCAGAGGGCAGGAGCAGCCGGCCCCAGCAGACGCACCCCUGCUCACUGCCCGCCUGUGGUCUGCUCUGCACGCGGGAUGGCCCUGAAGAGAGGAGGCCCGGCCCUGGCCGUGCUCCUGGUCUCCUGGGCAGCGCUGGGCCCCUGCGGCCUGGAGGGAGCGGAGCCCGGGGCCCCGGGGAAGGCCGAGAGCCCGCAAUGCCCAGCCGUCUGCACCUGCGGCCACGAGGACUAUUCGGACGAGCUCAGCGUCUUCUGCAGCUCCAGGAACCUCACGCGGCUGCCCGACGGCAUCCCGGACGGCGCCAGGGCCCUGUGGCUGGACGGCAACAACUUCUCCUCCAUCCCCGCGGCGGCCUUCCAGAACCUCUCCGGCCUGGGCUUCCUCAACCUACAGGGCAGCGGGCUGGCCAGCCUGGAGCCGCGGGCACUGCUCGGCCUGCACAACCUCCACCACCUGCACCUGGAGCGGAACCAGCUGCGGGGGCUGGCGGCCCACACGUUCCUGCACACCCCGGGCCUCGCCUCGCUCGGCCUCAGCAACAACCUGCUGGGCAGGGUGGACGAGGGCCUCUUCCGGGGGCUGUCCGGCCUCUGGGACCUCAACCUCGGCUGGAACAGCCUGGCCGUGCUCCCGGACGCCGCCUUCCAGGGCCUGGCCGGCCUCCGCGAGCUGGUGCUGGCGGGCAACAAGCUGGCCUACCUGCAGCCCGCGCUCUUCUGUGGCCUCGGCGAGCUGCGGGAGUUGGACCUGAGUAGGAACGCCCUGCGCAGCGUCAAGGCCAACGUCUUCGUCAAACUGCCCAAGCUCCAGAAGCUCUACCUGGACCACAACCUCGUCGCCGCCGUGGCCCCCGGCGCCUUCCUGGGCCUGAGGGCGCUGCGCUGGCUGGACCUGUCGCACAACCGGCUGGGCGGCCUCCUGGAGGACACCUUCCCCGGCCUGCUGGGCCUGCACGUCCUGCGCCUCUCGCACAACGCCAUCGCGGGCUUGCGGCCCCGCACCUUCAGGGACCUGCACUUCCUGGAGGAGCUGCGGCUGGACCACAACCGCAUCCGGCAGCUGCCCGGCCAGGCCUUCGAGGGCCUGGGCCAGCUGGAGGUGCUCACGCUCAAUGACAACCAGAUCCAGGAGAUCGAGGCGGGCGCCUUCCUCGGCCUCCUGAGCGUGGCGGUCGUGAACCUGUCCGGGAACUGCCUGCGGGCGCUCCCGGAGCAGGCGUUCCGGGGCCUGGGCCAGCUGCACAGCCUGCACCUGGAGCGCAGCUGCCUGGGCCGCAUCCGCCCGCACGCCUUCGCCGGCCUCUCGGGGCUGCGCCGGCUCUUCCUCCGGGACAACGGCAUCGUGGCCGUGGAGGACCAGGGCCUGCAGGGGCUCGCGGAGCUCCUGGAGCUGGACCUCACCGCCAACCGGCUCGCACACCUGCCCGGCCAGCUCUUCCAGGGGCUCGGCAAGCUGGAGUACCUGCUCCUCGCCGGCAACCGGCUGGCGGCGCUGUCCGCGGACGCCCUGAGGCCCCUGCGGCGCGUCUUCUGGCUGGACGUGUCGCACAACCGCCUGGAGGCCCUGCCCGAAGACGUGCUGGCGCCGCUGGGGCAGCUGCGCUACCUGAACCUCAGGAACAACUCCCUGCGGACCUUCGUGCCGCGGGCCCCCGGACUGGAGCGCCUGUGGCUUGAGGGCAACCCCUGGGACUGCGGCUGCCCCCUCCGGGCCCUCAGGGCCCUGGCCCUGCAGCAGCCCGACGUGGUCCCCCGCUUCGUGCGGGCAGCGCCGGACGGCGACGACGGCCAGCCGCCCACGUACGCCUACAACAACAUCACCUGCACCGGCCCCGCAGCCGUCGCCGGCCUCGACCUGCGGGACGUGGCCGAGGCCCACUUUGCUCACUGCUGACCGCGGGCUCGCCGGCCCAGAGCCCGGCAGGGACACGAUGUCCGCCUCGGGGGCCAGGCGUCACCUGCUCGCUUGCCGGGGUCCCGUCCCUGGGAGGACCCAGGGCAGCCGGGGGGUUCUGCUGGUGGGGGCACCGCCAUCACAUAGCACCCCCCCGCAGUCGGUAAUUAAAAGCAAUCUCACACAUGCGUGUGACCGCAGGGGUGUAGCCUGG